AAUGCAAACUGGCUUCAUCGUCAUCAUCAUAAUCAUCUUCUCCCUUUCCUCCUUCUUUUUCUCCUUCUCUCUUCCGCCUCCUUCUACUUCUCCUCCUUCUACUUCUUCUUCUGCUUCUCUUGCUCUACUUUCUCCUCCUUCUUCUUCUUCCUUCCCCUUUCCUUCUUUAUUUUUUUUUCCUUCUCAGCUCUGGCUUAUGGUGGUGCUGGGGAUUGAAUUUUGGAUUUUAGAGCCUUAGGCAUGAGGGUCUCUGUGCAUAAUAACCAUUAUGCUAUCUCUCCUGCCUCUAAAUUGGCUUCUUUUUUAUAAUCAUUACCUCAGUAAAAGAAUAAAUGUGGUCUGUGCCAAAGUAUUACAUUCUAGGUUCCCAACUACCUUUUUUUUUUUUUUUAAGGUUUGUUUAUUUUAUGAGAAAGACUAGAAGCUGCUCCUCUGGAGUAUGUGAUGCUGGAAAUCUCAGGCAUGCAAGUCCUGUGCUCUACUUGGGUACUGUAUCUGCAUAUCUCGUAGAACUUAGAAAUACUGAUGGCAGGUCUCCAGACAGGAAGGCCCCACUAAGAUACCCAGAAAACCCAUGGCUCUGGCUUCAUCAUUCAACAUGACCAGUCCACAGCCUGCCAUAGAAGGAGGAAUUUCUGAAGUUGAGAUCAUCUCCCAACAAAUAGACGAGGAGACCAAGAGCAUUGCUCCCGUGCAGCUGGUGAACUUUGCUUAUCGGGACUUGCCCCUGGCGGCAGUCGACCUCUCCACCGCGGGCUCGCAGCUCCUGUCAAAUCUGGACGAAGAUUACCAAAGAGAAGGGUCCACCUGGCUGAAGCCGUGCUGUGGGAAGAGAGCAGCCGUGUGGCAGGUAUUUUUGCUCAGUGCAAGUCUCAACAGUUUCCUGGUAGCCUGUGUAAUAUUGGUGGUGAUUCUCCUGACCCUGGAGCUUCUAAUAGAUAUAAAGCUUCUCCAGUUUUCCAGCGCCUUCCAGUUCGCCGGCGUGAUUCACUGGAUCAGCCUGAUCAUCCUCUCCGUGUUCUUCUCUGAGACGGUUCUGCGGAUUGUGGUGCUUGGGAUCUGGGAUUACAUUGAGAACAAAGUAGAGGUGUUUGACGGAGCAGUGAUCAUCCUGUCCUUGGCCCCAAUGGUGGCAUCUACUGUGGCCAAUGGGCCCAGAAGCCCCUGGGACGCCAUCAGCCUUAUCAUCAUGCUCCGCAUCUGGCGAGUGAAGAGGGUCAUUGAUGCGUAUGUCCUGCCCGUGAAGAUGGAGAUGGAGAUGGUCGUCCAGCAGUAUGAGAAGGCCAAGGUUAUCCAGGAUGAGCAGCUGGAGAGACUGACACAGAUCUGUCAGGAGCAAGGGUUCGAGAUCCGGCAGCUGCGGGCACACCUGGCGCAGCAGGACCUGGACCUGGCGGCAGAGCGGGAAGCGGCGCUGCAAGCCCCGCACGUGCUCAGCCAGCCCUGCAGCCUCUACAAGGUGGUGGAGGCCGGCGCCUGGGCGGAGGAGGCUGUUGCGGAGAGCUUGGUGGAGGAGCUGCGCCCUUCGCCAGACACUACGGCGAAGGACGACAUGAACAGCUACAUCAGUCAGUACUACAAUGGGCCCAGCAGUGACAGCGGAGUCCCUGAGCCAGCCCCGUGCAUGGUCACCACGGCUGCCAUCGACAUCCACCAACCCAACAUCGCCUCUGACCUCUUCUCGGUGGAUGUGCCCCUGAAGCUCAGCAGCAAUGGCAGCUGUGCCAGUGCCACCUCGGAGAGCGCCUCCCGCUGUGCGCACAGCUCGGCCACCCAGGCUCAGAGUGGCAGCAGCCAGACGCUGGGCUCCUCCACGGACUGCAGCAUUGCCCCCCGUGAGGAGCUGUCCUUGGAGCCCAGCCCCUCGCCCCUGCCCCCCCUGCAGCCUGUGGAGGUCCAGGUCCAGGACCUGCUGUCCUCCCUGUCGGAGGACCCCUGUCCAUCCAGGAGGGCCUUGGACCCAAGCCCCCUGGUCCGACUUAGCCCCGCGGGCUCACCCCAGACCAGCCCUGAGCUGAAGCAGCAAGUGGGUGUCUUCAACCAGAAGAACCAGGAGGGCUUCACUGUAUUCCAGAUCAAGCCCGUCAUCCACUUCCAGCCCCCUGUGCCCGUGCUGGAGGAGAAGCUGAGGUCUCUGGAAUCCACAGAACAGCAGCUGCACAGGGUCCCCAAAGCUUAGUGCUGCCAGCAGGCCAGGCGAGGGAAAGAAAGGGGAGACAGCCAUCCCGCAGCUCGCCGGGGCCCGGGCCGCAAGGGCCACGCACAUGGGCUCCAGGGGCCUGCCAGGCCUCCCUCAGGGUGCUGCCCACCUCUAGGGAGGGGACACCAGGCCAGGAGGCCAGCACCUCAGACCUCAGAGCCCGAGCUGGUGCCCCCUUUCACCCUGCUCUCGAGGGGGGCUGGUUUUCUUUUAUACCUUUUAUUCCUUUCUUUUUCUUUCUUUCUUCCUCUUUCUCUCUCUCCCUUUUUUCUUCUCCCUCUCUUUCUUCCUUUCUUUCCAUCACUUUAAUAAUACUAUCAUUAUUUUAUAAAAAACAAACAAACAAACAAAAAAACCAGCCCACGGGCAGAGCAGAGCACAGGGGCCAGUUUCGCCUCUCCUGUUGCCUUCGUUCCUGCCGCCCCCUCCAGGGGAGCCCCGGGAGCAGCACUGUGAGCAGGGGCGGCCCAGCCCCACCAUAAGCCCCAGGAACCCCAGGAACCCUGGCAGCGGAGUCCACACCAUCUCACAGCCACCAUCAUCUGAGCCGACUCCAUUUGUCCUCAUUCUCUCAUUUCCGCAUGAGCGUAUCUGAGUCUUUGUGAAAAGAGACUCGGUUUCCACCAUCACAGGACACAGAGGGGUGGGUCAG